AUGACAGAAAAAUACUACGAUCUCGGUGAAUAUCAACUGCCUGUAUCGACACUCGAUCCCGAAUGCCAACUUUGGUUUGAUCGAGGUUAUCAUUGGGCACAGGGUUUCAAUCAUGAAGAAGCGGUCCGUUGCUUCAAAAAAGCCAUUGAACAUGACGGGAACUGUGCUAUGGCGUAUUGGGGCAUCUGCUAUGCUAAAGGACCAAACUACAACAAAGCUUGGGUUCGCUUCGACCACUCUGACUUGAUUGCGACGAUCCGUGAGGUACAGCACCUGCUACAACAAGCCCAGACGCUCGCUGCCCAAGCAACUCCGGUCGAACGUGCACUUAUCACUGCUCUACAAGCUCGAUUUCCUCGCUUGGAGGUCUCACCGGACAACAUCGAGUCUCUGGAUCUCGGGGCCUUGGACCGUGAUUACGCGGAUGCGAUGCGCGCGGUACAGGGCGAAUUCCCCAACGAUAUAGACAUUGCCGCGCUAUGUGCGGAGGCUUUGAUGUGUAUCAGUCCGCGACGUCUAUGGAACCUCGAACUUGGAACGCCCAGCGGCCCCCACACUGUACAAGCCCGUGAGAUUAUUGAGCGCGCUAUGACUCUUGAUGCUGGAGAUCAGCAUCCUGCACUAUGUCAUCUUUAUAUCCACCUUAUGGAGAUGUCACCGUAUCCAGAGAUCGCUUUACCUGCGGCCGAUCGGCUGCGCUCGGCAAUGCCUGAUGCAUCUCACAUGAUACACAUGCCCACACAUAUCGAUAUCGCAUGCGGCGAUUAUCGUCGAGCGGUGGAUUCCAAUCACCAAGCAAUGCUUGCUGAUGAUAAAUACUUCUCUGAGACCACAAGCUCGAAGCUCUAUACGGCGUACCGUGCCCACAAUAUCUACGUGAAGCUCUACAGCGCAUUGAUCUCUGGCCGCUUUAAAGAGGCAAUCUCUGCAGCUCGUCGCUUACCUGGGAUCCUGAACGAUGAACUUCUUUCUAUUUCCAGUCCUCCAAUGGCAGAUUGGACUGAAAGUUACCUGGGGGCGCUUGUCCACGUUUUAGUCCGUUUCGGUCGCUGGGACGAUCUCCAAAACCUUCCACUGCCUGAAAACCAGACUCUAUACUGUUCCACAACCGCCAUGAUUCACUAUGGCCGUGGUAUCGCAUUUGCAGUACUGGCUCGCAUUGGUGAGGCUGAGCUGGAGCAAGUUAAGUUUGAAGAAGCGAAAGCACGAGUGCCACAGUCACGCCUAAACAGUCUACCGGCGGUAGAAGUCGAUGUGCUUCAGAUCGCAUCCGCUAUGUUACAGGGUGAGAUUGAGUAUCGGAAGGGAAACUUCGAGUCUGCGUUUCGCAGUUUACGCCAGGCCACUGCUCUCGAAGAUGGCCUUCCCUAUGCAGACCCUCCACCCUGGAUGCAGCCAACUCGCCAUGCGCUCGGAGCAUUGCUCCUCGAGCAAGACCGAGUUGAAGAGGCCGAGGUGGUCUAUCGGGAGGAUCUUGGUCUUGGGGGUAAUCUUCCCAGGCGGCAAGCGAGAUUGAAUAACGUUUGGGGUCUUCAUGGUCUUCACGAAUGUCUCAUCAAAAACGGUAAAUUGGAAGAGGCACGCAUGAUUGGUGUCCAGAAGGAGCUUGCCUUAGCCUCCGCCGACGUGAUAGUUGAAGCUUCGUGCUUUUGCCGCCUUUCGGCUGUUCUGGGAGACGCGAAUGCCAUCCCUGCGGGCUGUUGCACGGGCGAGAGCCCGAAAUCUUGA